CGGCGCGGCAACAUCUCCCGCCAAAUAUACCGCGUCUCCGCUACUGGUGGCAAUUCUCUGUGUUUAGUGUUUGUGAUGUGUUUAUGUGUUAGGUGUAUGUGAAUUUGUGUUUAUUCGUCUAGAUAAACUCGCUAGAUACCUACAAACCUUGUGUUUCGUGUUUGUACCCUCGUAGAUCUGGGUUCCAGUUACAAUGUUGUCCACCCAAGUUAUACUGGUCACAAUUGAACACCGUCAUGGAAAAACUCCCACCGUCGAGUAUACCGCAACAUUAACAAUAUUAAGCAUUACAAUAAAAUCCACAAGAUCAAUAAGUUAAGUGACAUAGAGCUUAGUACAAGAUAAAUGGGAAACUUUACGCUUCGUUCGCAGUAGCCCUAACCGAGUUACCUCUCUAAACGUUUAGAAAGUGAUAGAUUACGUACCUGAAUAGUGAUGGAGGUCUAUAUGGCAAACACGAGUUUUUACUACCAAAACAAUAGCCUGAACGAAAGCCUUUACGACCCGAACACCACGUUGCCAGAGGAACAGUCUACUUGGGAGUUUCUUGUCAUCAUACUGGUCAAGUCGAUGGUGAUGGGGUUCAUCAUACUGGCGGCGCUGUUCGGCAACUUACUUGUCAUGGUUAGUGUGAUGAGACAUCGCAAGCUCAGGGUGAUCACCAACUACUUCGUCGUGUCCCUGGCAUUGGCAGACAUGUUGGUAGCCAUAUGGGCCAUGUGUUUCAACGCUAGUGUAGAACUCACGGGAGGUCGCUGGCUCUUUGGCUACUUCAUGUGUGACGUCUGGAACUCCCUCGACGUCUACUUCUCUACCGUCUCCAUACUGCAUCUGUGCUGCAUCAGUGUGGACCGGUACUACGCGAUCGUGCAGCCUCUGGACUACCCUCUGAUCAUGACUCAGGGCCGCCUAGUGGUCAUGUUGGCUGUAGUCUGGUGCUCCCCAGCUCUACUAAGCUUCCUGCCAAUCUUCAUGGGCUGGUAUACCACAGACGAGCAUCUCAGAUUCCGUAUCAACAACCCAGACAUGUGCACAUUCGAGGUAAAUCGGCCGUAUGCCAUCAUCUCAUCUUCUGUCAGUUUCUGGGUGCCAGGGGUCAUCAUGAUCUUCAUGUACUACCGAAUAUACAUAGAAGCCGACCGUCAGGAGCGGAUGCUAUAUAGGAGCAAAGUAGCAACAGCUCUACUAAACAAACAUCUGCAGAUCAACGGUAUCAGCACGAGUGGUCUGCCUGCAGAGCCUUCGUCACAGGGUAGCGCCAGCAGCAGCAAGAUGAAGAGAGAGCGCAAGGCAGCUCGGACACUUGGCAUCAUCAUGUCGGCCUUCUUAGCCUGCUGGCUGCCGUUCUUCCUAUGGUACCUGAUAACAACACUGUGUGGACCGCCCUGCUACUGUCCUCAUGCAGUGGUUGCUGCAGUGUUCUGGGUUGGCUACUUCAACUCUGCACUCAACCCGUUGAUCUACGCUUACUUCAACCGCGAGUUUCGAGUUGCGUUCAAGAAAACUCUGCAGUCUUGCUGUUACCAUGUUCUACUUGUCUUCCCUUCGAGGAGACAUUCACGACAGAGGUUCCAGCCCCAGUCCAGUGUGACGCGCGGGAGUCGCCCCAUCAUGAACAGCAACGUGUCUUCGUCUGCAGAGAUACAUUUCCUCAACAACUCGUCCAUGGUGCGCAUCAACACUCCUGACGAUCCCACUCGCUCCUUUCCUUCCAAGAACAACUCGGAGGCCGAAACUCGUGUGCUGUCUGAGGCCGUCAUCUAAACCGUUGAAACGAACAAGAGAUGUCUUACCGCCACUCUCAGCAGGCAGACCGACAAUCAUUUACUUCCAUAGGCAUAGUUUUCCAAAAUAAGAUAUAUUUUUCUAAGAUAAAAACCAUAAAAUUGGUAUGAAAAAUUGUUAUAAUACCCUUGGGAAAUAAAAAUUGAUCACGGAAACAAAUUAUAUUUAACAUUUAAUAUAAUCACCAUUUGAAAAAGCUAAAGAUUUCCUUUUUUAAGCAUAACAAACUAAAUAACUUAUACAUGUUCAAUUUAAUGAAACAUUGCUACUUGACCAUUUAUAAAAUUUUGUUACCAUUUUUCUGUGAUAUGUGAAGAGCAUAGAUAAUAUGUUAAUAUACAUUUAUAUGUGUAAGUAAGUGUUACAUUAAUGAGAUUAAAAGUUAAAAUUGAUUUAUAACUGACUUGGUUAAAUAAUGUUGGUCGACGUUCAUUGUUUAAAAUAAAUACUAUUUUGAUGUAUUUAUUUCGUUUUGACUUAACGUUGUACAUGCAUUUCGUUGAAUGAAUAUAACUGUAACAUCCAUAUUUAAAAAAGUACAAUUAAGGGAAAAAUCAACUCCAAUCUUUGUUUUAACUUACAAGCGUAUUAUUGUCUUUUAAAUUAGUAUUUAACAAUUUAAGGACGUUGUGUAUUGCUGUUAACUGUUUGCUGUUGACCUAGACAUUGUUUAGUGGUCGUCGCGUAGUGAACCUAAUGUUGGAUUGACAUUGAAACCGUUGUAAAAGACUGCCAGAUCCCCAGCCAGUGAUGAUAAACCUUUCGUCAAUACUGUCAGGGUAUGAAGAAAACAAAACAAACUAGCAGGAGCAUCACGGAACAACACGUAUGUGUGAUGUUUGUUGGCUUAAUUAUUGAUUCGUAACACUUUUUAGCUAUAACUAUUCAUAGUAUUAGUAUACAAUUAAAAGUAUUGAAAAGUAAUAAACAUACAUAAAGUUGUUUACUAAAACUCUACAACAAAAGUUUGUUCUAAAACAGUGUUUGCAUUUCAAAAUCAAAUAACUCUUUUGUAAUAAUUUGUUAUUGUAAAUUAUUAAUUAAAGUAUAACACAAUUUCAAAAAUGAAAAGAAUAUCGUUAGAUAUAUUAUAAAUACAGUAUGAUUGAAAAGUCCGGAACGGUGUAAUUUAUUUGUUACAAUUAUAGAUAAAUUAAUGAGACUUGGUAUUUCAAUAAUAGUCACAAAUGCCUAUUCUUUUAAGCCAGCAUUAUCACGUUUUUAUUCUUUAAAGGGAACAGCCCACGAGGAGUUAGACAAAAUUCUUAAAUAGCUGCAUAGGUCAAGUUUGGUAUCAAAUUAAAGGUCUUAGUUAGUAGAAUACAUUACCGCAAGCCCGAAUUCAAACUGUAUACUAAGUCAAAAAUGGCAGCUGUUUAAAUAUUUCUUUAGUAUGUAUGGCAUUUUGAAUUUUUGUACGGCAGCCAUUUUAUUGUUUUGGGCUCAAAUUUGCAGCAUUGUAUUCUACUAAUAAAUACCUUUAAUUUGAUGUGCAUAUCGACCUAUGCAUACGUUUACGAUUUUCUUCCGACUACUAGUGGGCUAUACCCUGGAGGUAGCGUAUAAUAGCUUUGCAAAUUCAAUGAAUAUUUUUGUUGGUGGCUCACAUCAACUACAACGAUUUUGGUAAAAAAAAAAACUGGCUACAAAUUUAACAUGGGGAUGGAAUGUCUAGUUGUAUUAAUAGUCAAAGUUUGUACUAACUAAGACCUUUAAUUUGAUACCUUAAGAAUUUUGCGUGACUCUUCGUGGGCCGUCCCCUUUAAGGGUUAAACAAUGUAUAAUAGCUUAAAGUAGUAGACAUUUAUGGCUAUUAUUGAUAUACUAAGUCAUAUUACUUGAUCAAUAACGGUAAAAACAAUAUUGCACCGUUCUGAGACUGUUCAAUCACACUAUAUAAGAUGACAAUAAACUAUGAAAAUACGGUUCACUACUAAGUGAAGUAAAAACCAAAACAACAAAAAUCAAGUCAGUAGGUCAAAGAAAUCACCACAAAUUAUUUUUAUUAAUAAAAAAGUCACGAAAAAUCCCAUUGCUUAGCCAUUAAAAUUUAUGUUUAAGGCUUUUAUAUCUACCUAUAAAAUGCAAACUGUAACGUUUUGCAGCUUUUUAAAACACAAUGUUAGUAAUCCGAUUAAAACAAACUGCAGUCUGGCUUAACUUUCUUGUCAAUUCCAAUCUACACAACAAAAUCUUAUCAACACGUUAUAAGUAUUUGUAAGUGUAUUAAUUCGAUGUACAAACAAACAUUUAUGUCGAGAACCAAAGACUACACUAUUAGAGGACACACAGAGCAAUACGAUAGCCAAGUUUAGAUUAGGUUAGGAUUACGUUGUUUUGUUGAUACUUUUUAUAUGUUUUUUUGUACAGUUGAGUGCUAUAUUUGUACUCUGUGAGUGCACUUUAUGUCAAUUACAUUUCAUUACUUAUCUGUCGUGUUAAUAUUUUAAAAAGAAAUCGAACAAUGAGAAAAAUAACUGCUAAAUAAAAAUUGUUAAUUAUGAUGGAAGAUUUAAGUUUUAGUAUAUAUUUAUUCGGGUUACUUUUACCAAUACCAAGAUAACUUAUUGAUACGUAUUUAAGAAUGUUGGUAUCUUACUUUUUUAUUAAUAUAUAUAUUAAAUUCCCAUGUGACGUAUUUGUGUGGGUGGAUUAUAAAAUGAUACCUCUAAUGCUAAAAGCCAACUAAAAUUACAAAAUAAUAAAACAAUACGAGAACAUGUCUCUCUACACUAUCGUUACAUUUAAAACGUGGCAGCUUUCGGCAUGUUAUACGUUAUUCAUAUUAUAAUGGAUGAUUUAUAAAACAAUGAUAACAACAAAAUACAGGUGUCAAACUAACCAUGAUAAAUGGAGUACAAUAUUUUCUACAACUCAUAAUGUUCAUUGAUAAAAACAUACAUAAAAUGUUAACAAAAAUAUUAUCUAAAGAAUACCGGUUGUGCAAUUUCUCAUCGUUCGGGUAUCUUACAAACUUUUCGCAACUUUUCUUUUAACGAAAAAAAAAAUUCAACAGUUUAUUCCCUUUAUACAGUUUCCAAUCUAACUCUUCAGGGCGCCUCCCCUUUACAAAAUAUUCGGAGAAACAGACAUUUCUAUUAAUUUCGUCACUACUAGGUUUAGAUUAAUGUUUGGUGUUACCCAACGCAAUGUGUUAGGUAAGGUGUUAGUUCUGCAAAUGUAUAUUUGUUAUUAUUAUUACGUUUGAUGAAUUCUGAACGUUUUAUAUUUGAAUGUAAAAUAAAUUAUUUAUUUGUUCUACA